AUGCCAUCCUACCAGGUAAUCAACCUGUGGAUGAAGAGUCAAGGUCGAGUGAUCAAUAGCACCAACUACUGGAAUCUUUAUGCAGGGUACUUCAAGGACCGGAUGUGCCAGGAACUUGUAAGGCUUGGUGAUGGCACUCCUCCUCAGGAUGGCACUGGUGUUCGCUGUCAGUGCUAUGAGCUCUUCAAGAGAAGCUACCCAGACACUUAUCAGGACAUCCUCAAUAUCUACGGAUCACUCAACAUGCUGACAGAUAAUCAAACCAUUGCGCAAUGCACUCAAUCAUUCCAGAAACUUUAUAAGAGGGUAGGAAGUAUUGUGAGUAAUCUCAUUCCAAUUCUGUAA